AUGACCCCUCACAGUAACUCCUUGCCAUCAAAAACAACCACAUCUGCUACGCUCAUCAACAACGAGGAUGAAGAAGAUCGAAUUUUCAAACAAUUGCUCCAUCCUGAAAAAGAAUCAAACAAAAUCGGAGCUAUCCUAUCAAUAGUACCCACUCUCUAUGGAUUAGUGUUUUGUUGGGAGAGAGGAUUGCAGCCAUUUCUUGCACUCACCUUCAUUGAAAUCUCCUCACAAAUAUUACUCAACAUUUUCAUUCAACGAUUUGCUGCUACCUUGACGCAAUUUUCAGUGAUCAACAUUUUUCGAAUUCCCAUCGUCAUGAGCGUACAAUUUUUCAUGUAUUGGUUUUAUGGACCUCUGGUACCGUACCAUGUUUUUUCGGUUUUCCGAAUUUUAUUUGCCUCCCACAAUUGUUACUAUGAUGUAAGAUUGUUACUGUUACAUGGGUUGGGAAAUUUGACUUCAACAGUUGGAGGAAUGUACUAUUCAUAUAUACUAGAGAGGCAUAAGUUUUCAAAGUGUGAGGAGAACAUGUUUUCACAGAAAAUGAUUGAGGUGAUUGUUUUAGAAUAUUUAGUAUGGAUGGGGUCGGUUUUAUUUUCUCACUAUCUCAAAAAAAGAAAUGAAGAAUUUACAGAGAAUCAAAUUGUUAUUGCAAAGGAGAAAUACCUCAAUAACGAGAAGACUCAAUUCAUUGCAAAUUUGAGUCACGAAGCAAGAAAUUCAUUGCAAGGAAUAAUGGCCACUGUGGAAGUGUUGAAGCACAAAUUUCAUGACGGAGUUUGCAUGAAAAGCUGUGAACAUUGUUUCAAAAAAGAUAGUGCCAUCUCUGAAUUGAUUGGAGACAUUCAAUCCAGUGCAUCUCUUUUAUUACACAUUUUAUCAUCAUCUUUGCAAAUGAGUUCACUUGAAAUGGGAAAGAUCAAAUUGAAGAAUGAAGAAUUCAACAUUCUUUCAUUAUUUGAAUCAAUGACAGGAGUAUUCUCAUUGGAAGCACAAGGAAAGAACCUUUCUUUGAACUCAUUUUUCGAUGCUUCAAAAGUUCCAUUGAAUUUGAAGGGAGAUUCAGUUCGAGUGAGUCAAAUAUUGAUGAAUAUCAUUUCAAAUGCCAUCAAAUACACAUCUCAAGGUUUUGUGAGAGUGAAUUGUAGUAGUUUGAACGAUGAAGAACUUGUAGACAAGUUUGAAAAGAUAGAUUCUAGUAAGGUCUACGUGAAAUUUGAAUGUAUUGACAGUGGAUGUGGAAUUGCUCAAGAUCAAAUUGGAAAAUUAUUUCAACCUUAUCACACUAUUGAUCCCAACACCGAUGUCACGCACAAAUUUGACUUUUAUUUCAAAACUGCACCUCAAAAUGCAAGCACAAACAAUGGUGGAAGCAGUCUUAUCAAUACUAACAGGAAUGGAUUAGGUCUCAGCAUUACGAAACUUUUGGUUGAGAAAAUGAAUGGAAAAAUAUUCAUUGCAAGCACCGUUUCCAAAGGUACGACCUUGACUGUUAUUAUACCUUUUGAGGUAGUAAAAGGUGUGGCUCUCAAAAAGGAAACAAACGAACCAACUCAUGCACACAACUUACCUCGAAUCAUUGAAGAUACCUCCAAGGAAUGUGUUGCUGUAAUAAUAGACGACGAUGAUUGCUUCAGAGACGCCCUCAAAUCCUACUUGACCAUUUUUAAAAGGGUGGUUGAUGUAUCUCAGUACGCUUCGCCAAUAGAGUAUUUCAAUCAUGUACAGUCUAGUGACCCUAAUUUGCCGAGGUAUAUCUUCUGUGGAGAUGGUAGCUAUGAUACGAUUUAUCACCAAGUUGAGAACAUUCCUAAUGUCAAAAUCAUCCCAACAUUGUUUAGAGGAACCACAAGGUCUCACCCGAACAAAAAAUAUCUAUCCAAACCCAUACAUUUUGCUGAUAUUGUUGGCAUUUUGGACGAAGAGGAGCAUGUAACUGUUGAACCGUACAAAGUUAUAUCCCAAAGACGAAAUUCCGUUGCCGAAUUAUCGGCAAAAUCAGUACUCAUGGCAGAUGAUAAUGCAGUGAAUCGAAAAAUACUGGUGAACAUGUUGAAAAUUAUUGGAUUCAAAGAUAUUGACACUGCAAAUGAUGGAUUGGAUUGUUUCAACAAAUUCAAAAAGAAGGAAUAUUCUUUGGUUUUAUUGGAUUGUUUCAUGCCUGUCAUGACAGGAAGAGAAUCAUGUGAAAUGAUUCGAAAUUUUGAAAAACAACGAGAGAAUGGUGAAAAACGAGUUCCAAUUUUCGCCAUCACUGCCAACACAUGGGAAACGAAAGAACAACUUUUAUCUCAAGGCUUUGAUGAUGUUUUAUACAAACCCAUCUCACUGAACGAUUUAAAAAAUAGAAUUAUGGAAAUGAUAUCAUAG